CGCGAAUCACGUGUACGUAUGUUUAAAAUGAAGAUUUGAAAAAGAAAUAUCAUUGUUAAGUUAUUCAAUUAAUUACUUUUUGGUAGAUAUUUAUUAUACUAAAAUAUAUAUACGUAGUUUUAUAUUUAUGUAAUUAUUUAUAUAAGUUAUUUCAAUAUUUUUUAGUGAAUAUAUUUUCUGAGGUUAAGUUUGUUAAAUAUAUACUUGUACGACUAACGAAAAUGAAUUUAAUUUUAAUACGUAAUUAAUGAUUUAAAUUUUAAUAAAAGUGUAAUAUCUCUGGCAAAUAUAUUUUUUAGUGAAUAUAUUUUUUGAGGUUAAGUGUGUUAAGUAUCUAUUUGUACGACUAACGAAAAUUGAUUUAAUUUUAACACAUAAUUAAUGAUUUAAAUUUUGAUAAAAGCGUAAUAAUAUCUCUGGCAAAUAUGGUUUGCUGUAUGAUCUAGGAAAAUUAAAGAAUAUAUAGGUAACAGAACCUCAAUUGUACUUAAUAUCUUGGUUUAGUUUUCCUUUUUUUUCUUUUAUUUAAUAUCCAUACAUUUGGCUUUAGGCAUUCUUUUUUAUGUUUGAAUGUAUUUGAACUGCACAGACUGCACUAGUGUCACACAUGCUUUUUUAUGUACCAUUAGUCUCCCUUUAUAUUUUAACCCCUUUGAAAAGGGUAAAGGGCUUCACCCCUUUAUACAUAAAAAAGGGAUAGCUGUUAAAAAAGGGUGUAGCAGCUGAAAAAGUAUAGGCCUAUUUUAAUAGAUACAUUAUAUCUGAAUAAUUUAUAAUAUUAUAUAAAAUUAAAUAUUUGAUGUGUCAAUCUAUAUUUCUUUAUUAUUUUUUAUAUCUAUUUAAUAUAAAAAAAAAUGUUUAAUUAAGACAAGAUUGUAAACACUUCAUCUUUUCUAGAUAAUAGUUGUUAGGACAAUAUUUUUUCUUGCUUACAAUAAAAAUUCAUCGGACCACACCCUUUUGACUAUGGGAUUUGGAAAAUUCGUUCGGGGCAUGCUCCGUCUCAUAGCCAAUACAGAUCUUCCUGUUCAAGGGUUACGGUCUCUCUCCUAUACUCUUGACAGAGGAUCUACUCCCAGGAAUUGGGGAAGGAUUCCUGUGAUUGGUCAGGGAAACUUAGUCUACCACCAGCUACGUAGCAGUUUGAAAGGGGUUCUUCAGUUCUCCGUUGGCAGCCGUUGCCUUUAGAUCAUAUAUAUCUUUUCAUCAAUCAGUGAGCAUAUAUUGUUGAAGUGUUGAAAUAAUAUGUUUUAAUGGAUUUAACAAUAGGAAAAAGAAAUCUCGAGUGGCUGACAUGGUCCAAAGAGAGAUAGAGAGAGAGAGAGAAAGAAAGAAAGAGAGAGAGAGAGAGAGAGGAUGCGAGGGUGACUUCACCCUGGGAUUAGGAGAAUCGCGUAGACAGGAGCCGCAACACGCGUGACUAUCUCAAGGACUCCCUACAUCCUCGAAAGUCCCAUUGCAUCGAUCCUUCUCCAUCAGCCUUCUUUGCUUAUCUCGACUUGUUUCGUGAAGCUGAGAAAACCAUGGACCGUUUCAGGUUAAGGCAGCGAGCUGAGAAAAAUCGAAGAUGUUCUUUAUCUUCUUCUUCUCUCUUUUAUUUUUUCUCUUUUUUUUUUUUUUUUACUUUUGGACUUAUCUCGAAUUCGCCGAGAAAAAGAAACGCAUGCCAAAACCAGGAUCAGAAAAAAAAGGGAUGUCUUCGAGGCUUCGAUUGUGCUACGAGUUUUACGCUACGGUCACGCAAAUGGGCUGUGGAUCGGCACGAGUUACGGCGCGACUAAACGCUCCGCGGGUACGUCCGGAAAACAUCGACGUAUUCGCGUAGAAAAACUAUAGCCGUUAGCGGCAUACGAUGAAAGAAGAAGAAGAAGAAGAUGAAGAAAAAAGAAAAAAAGAAGAAGAAGAAGAAGAAGAAAAGAGAAAAAAGACUUCGUGAUCGGGACGAGAAUCGACUGGAAAAUCGGACGAGAACUCUUCUACAUGUGUUUCCUUGUAUUAACUAGAGAGAGAAAAUAAAUAUUGGAAAUGUAGCAAAGAGCCAAGGUCCUACCUAUCGAAAUGGAAUUUCCUUGCUGUCAACGAUAAAUCAGAGACACCUUUGCCGAUCGUUUAAAAGACAAUGAGCGAACCGAGAAAACCGUUUGGUAGCAUGACACAGGGUAUGUCAUUACUGUGUUACAUAUAAGCUCCAUCGCGACGACGUACUCUGCAUAGGAAUGAGCUGCUCGACGCCGUUUCCUCUGUCCCUCCGUCCCUCUGAGACGGCGCGCCGGAAGGGAGAUAUUACAAAACCCUUUGAAAAACAUAGAUCUCAUCGGCAUGCUGUGAAUGCGAGGAUAUAUCAGAGCCGGUCGAGCCUGAACGUCCAGCGGCGCGAGUAUUAAAUGUUCUUUAAUAUGCACGUUGAAUAUUGAUCGGAAAGAAGAGGAGGACGAAGAGAAGAGGAUGACGAGGACGUUUCUUUUGCUCGCAAAAGACGAGCACGCGCGACACAUCCGGCGAUCUCCGACUUGAAGAUCGAGAGAGGAAAAUCUUACGACGAGUUCGAGAUAUCCUACCAUCUCUCUCUCUCUCUCUCUCUCGUUUUCUUUUUUUGUUCCUUUAUGUCGCAACGUAUAUAUGUAAGUCUCUUUAGAUCGAAAAGCGACUUGUACAUUGUAUCGCAUAAAAAGUCUAAGAAAAGAGUUCUACCGGUAGUUAAGUUUGACGUCAGUACCGUUAGAAGAAACAAUGAUCGUAAAUUCAAAAUGUAAAGGAGACAGACUGAUUUAACUCAGUCAAAACAAACAAUCUAACUACUUUUCUUUCGAGAGAUUCAUCCAAUUAAAAAUAUCGCAACGCGUGCGCAUUAUUUUAUUAUUUUAUAUCUGCGUAGUUUCGUAUAUGAAGUUUGCAUAUAUCCGCGCAAGCAAUUAAUCAGAAAUAUUUAUUGCUCCUUCUCAUGCUCGCCGGCUCGGCAAUUAGUGAAAUGACCGCAAGAAAAAAUGCGAUGUCUUAAAUACGAUCCUUAGUAUACUUUAUACGGCGGCGUCUCGCACGUCGUCUCGCUACGAGCACGAAGCAACGAUAAUUACUUCAUUAAUGCUAAACGGCUUCUUUUUGUAUUCAGAUUUCUCGAUUAUACUCUUGGCGUUACUUAUCGAUGAUCGAAAUGAUAUACGACUUAUAUACCGUCUAAACCGAGCUAUCAAAUUCGAUUCUCGACGUAUAAAUUUACCGUCUCUUUCUUAAAUAUGUACUAAUACGAUAUUAUACUAAUGUACUAUAUUUUUUCAGGUCAACGACGACAGAGCGUCGUCGUCGUCGCGAUGGCGGUCGGUCAAAACGUAGGACGCAAGUAUUAACGAUAACUACAAAGUAGCAAAAGAAAAACGGCAAACUAACGAUAAAUCAGGGCUAUGGCAUUCCUAAGAUAGUGCUCUACCUGAAAGUCAUUACAGUGGCAAAGUAAUUCCCAACUAAGUAAGUAAAGCAAUAAAUACAUAAUGCAUCCGGCGAGUUUCCCACACGCUGCUCGACGGAGCGACUCUCCGCGGAGAGCUACUACGGUCGCGGCCUUACAGUUCCAUGAAAUCAUGCAUCACGGCGAGCUCGCGCGACCAACUGAGAGAGAAAGAGAUAUAUAGAGAAGAGAGGGAGGAGAAGAGAAGAGAAGAGGAAGGAGAAGAGAAGAGAAGGACGCGCCGAUUUAUUUGCACGGUUGCAAUGCAAGCGCGUCGAUCGACCGAGGAGCCGAGAAUGGAUUCUUUUUUUGUCGAUUGCGAGAGUAGCCUGAAAGAUGCAAACGUUGCCAUGUCGAAACGUUCGUGGGAAAGCUCGAAAAAAUCUAUUCCUAAUAAAGAUCAAGAAAGAGAUAUUGGAUGAGAUCGAAGAUUUCUCAGCAAACGACGAACUCGUCGUCGUAGAAGACGUCGAGAAUCCUUUUGAGAAACGCAUAACCACUCUUACGGCCAGAGAACAGCUCGUAUGUACCAUUUGCAGAAUCGAUUUUCCGAAUGAAGAUGAAUUCAAAACUCACAUAAUCCUCCAUAGUCACUGUGAACCCUUCCAAUGCGGCUUCUGCUCUAAGCGAUUUUCAAGAUCAUCGAAUUUAGAAAAUCACUUGAAGAGUCACGUUGACUUCGAUUGCAAUUAUUGUUCUCUAAAAUUCCAGGAUGAAAGUACCGUACGAAUUCGCAGAAUAUGUCCGAAGGAACGGUGCUUCGAAUGUGGAAUCUAUCAAAAGAAAUCUUCGCGCAAUCGCAAAGCGAGUUACGCAAAGAAAAAGUCGUUUGAGUGCUCGAUUUGCAAGAAGAACUUCUUGAGACGCAGCGGUCUCAGAGCCCAUACGAUCGUCCACACUGCUGAUUCUCCCUACGAGUGUAAUCUCUGUCCUGCGAGAUUUAAAAGAUCCUCCGUUUUGAAGACCCACAAAUUGACGCAUACCGAUAUCAGAAGAUUUGAAUGCGAUAUUUGCAAGCAUCGUUUUCAUUUAAAAGGUGCAUUAAAACAUCACAUACUGGCGCAUUACGGCGUAAGACCGUACAAGUGCAAGGAUUGCGGUAAGCGUUAUAGAAGAUCCUGGGGCCUAAAGGUUCACAUGUAUCGACACACGGGAGUGAAGCGCUUCGAGUGCGAUCUCUGCAAGGAUCGUUUCAGCGUUAAAACGAAGCUGGCGAAGCACAUAUAUCAACAUACGGGCGAAAAACCGUACAAAUGCGAGUUCUGUACUCGUCAAUAUGAUGAAAGAUAUCUUCUUAAGAGUCACAAAUGUCCGAUGAACUUGGAUACUUUUUCAAAAUGUAAAGUCGACUAUCAUGAUCGAUCUGCUGAGAGGAUUUUGCUCGUUUUGUAAUAAUUAUAGUAUGAUCUGAGUGUUCUAAUUAACGAGUAAAAAAGCCUGAUAUAUUGACAAUUUUAAUG